CCAUAGCAGCCCUGAAAGGCCAUUGAAAGUCGGAAGUUGUUUUUGAGUUGGGUGAAACUUGACAAAAUGGCAGAAGACAGCACUUACGAGUCAAUGCUCUGCGUGAAGCCCGAGGUUCAUGUUUACCGCAUCCCACCGAGGGCCUCCAACCGUGGAUAUCGAGCUGCUGACUGGAAGCUGGAUGAGCCAGCAUGGAGCGGUCGUAUGAAGAUCACAGCUAAAGCUAAGAUGGCCUACAUUAAGUUAGAAGACAAAAACACAGGUGAACUGUUUGCACAAGCUCCUGUUGAACAGUAUCCAGGUCUUGCAGUCGAAUCAGUGACAGACUCCAGCAGGUAUUUUGUGAUCCGGAUAGAGGACGGCAAUGGACGUCAUGCUUUUAUCGGUCUGGGUUUUGCUGAUCGAGGAGACUCAUUCGACUUCAACGUUGCUUUACAAGACCACUUUAAGUGGGUGAAGCAAGAAGGUGAGCUUGCAAAAAUGGAGGCUUCUCAGAUCACAGCACCUAAACUGGACCUGAGCUUCAAAGAGGGUCAGACCAUCAAGAUCCACAUUGGGAACAUCAAGAAGAAGGAUACAGCUGCUGCCAAACCAAAGCCAGUGGUUGGAGGUCUGCUCCCACCUCCACCCGGAGGAGCAAAGGUUGGAGGCAUCGUACCGCCACCUGGUGGAGCACAGGCAACCCCUUCUAUUAACACUAACACCGACACUCUUUUAGACUUUGGAUCCAUGGUCCCUGCACCCCAGUCCAGCUCUGAUAUUUGGGGAGAUUUCACAUCUGCAGGUUCAAACUCCAGUAAAGAUGCUGUCAAAUCAGGGUGGGUGCAGUUUAGCUGAAUCCCAAACAAACUCAUGAUCACACUCAUGAUCCAUACAUUCCAUGGAUACAACUGUUGAGGACAAAGAAAAAGAGUGAAGGCGUUCUGUUGGCAAAACUUGACCAGCUCAAUCACUGCACAUGCUCUGCACAGAGUCUGUUUCUGUUGGACAACACACUCUGAAGGAACAACACAGCAAUGUACAAACUCUUUUUUUUUCUUCAAUUUUGUGCUUUUUCCACUCUUCUAUGCAUUGAAAGCAGGUGGUUAAAGGAACAUUUCACAUUACAUUAACUUUUUUUUUUUAAUUUAAUUUGCCAUUCAGCUCUCACUAUAUCACCACCACCUCCCAGAGUUUUCUUUUUUCAUAUUAGAUUUUUUUUAGUUUGGGAAUUUCUAAUACUUGAUCUAUAGAAGCAUCAAAGUUUUUUUUUUUAAUUCUGUUUUUGUAAUUCAUCUAACCAUACUCAUUAUCAUUUUUUAUUUUAGAUAAUUGGCCCGUGUGUAGUUGUAAGUCCCCCACAUAGAAAAUAUCAUCUUUUUAAAUUUUAUCCUAAUGUCAAGUCAGUCAACUGUCAUGUAGUCGUCAUCCAUGUCAUCCUUCAUUUUUCUCUUUCUCAUUUGUUCCUGUUUUUUUAAAGUGCCUUUUACCAAAUAAAUCCUUCUUAAUUAUCAUGACAAUUUAAGAAUGUGUGCCUUUUCUGGGGAAAAAAUGUAUAAAAUGUAAGCGCAUAUUUUCUUGUAAAUAAACAAUUUAUUUCAUUG